GAACCGCUCUGUUCCCACGCAAAAAAGAAACCUACACCGUGUCUGCCUUCUUUUAUUUUGGGUGCAAUCUUACUCUGUAUAUUUCAAUCACACAAAAAAGCAAGCAAAAAAUGGGUAAGGGAGGCAAAGCUGCUGAGCCAGAAAACAUGGGUGCUUGGCUUCUUGGUGUUAACAACAUCAAGAUCCAACCUUUCAAGCUUCCCAGUGUUGGGGCCCAUGAUGUUCGAGUUCGGAUCAAGGCUGUCGGCAUUUGUGGAAGUGAUGUUCACUACCUCAAGACCAUGAAGUGUGCAGAUUUUGAAGUUAAAGAGCCAAUGGUAAUUGGCCAUGAGUGUGCUGGGAUCGUUGAGGAAAUCGGGACCGAGGUGAUGCAUCUCGCUCUGGGCGAUCGUGUGGCAGUAGAACCUGGAAUCAGCUGCGCACGGUGCCAGCAGUGCAAAGGUGGAAGGUACAAUCUUUGCCCGGACAUGAAGUUUUUCGCCACCCCUCCGGUUCAUGGUUCCUUGGCAAAUCAGAUUGUGCAUCCUGCGGAUCUGUGCUUUAAGCUCCCGGAGAAUGUGAGUUUGGAGGAAGGGGCAAUGUGUGAGCCCUUGAGUGUUGGGGUUCAUGCUUGCCGGAGAGCCAAUGUGGGACCGGAAUCAACUGUCCUGAUCAUCGGAGCCGGCCCCAUCGGUCUGGUUUCGGUGCUGGCUGCCCGUGCAUUUGGGUCACCAAGAAUUGUCAUUGUGGAUAUGGAUGACCAGCGUCUAGCCAUGGCGAAGUCUCUCGGUGUUAAUGACACUGUCAAAGUUUCGACAAAAAUGGAGGAUUUGGAUGAUGAAAUUGCCCAGAUUAAGACAGCAAUGAAAUCCAACGUGGAUGUGAGCUUCGAUUGUGUCGGUUUUAACAAAACCAUGUCAACAGCUCUUGGUGCCACCCGUCCCGGCGGCAUAGUUUGCCUUGUCGGAAUGGGACACGGCACGAUGACAGUCCCACUUACUCCAGCUGCUGCCAGGGAGGUUGAUGUUGUUGGAAUUUUCCGGUACAAGAACACAUGGCCGCUUUGCCUCGAGUUUUUGAGAAGUGGGAAGAUCGACGUGAAGCCGCUCAUUACGCACCGGUUCGGGUUUAACCAAAAGGAGGUGGAAGAAGCAUUUGAAACCAGUGCCCGUGGGGGAAAUGCCAUUAAAGUCAUGUUUAUUUUGUGAAAGAUGAGUCACGAGUUGGUGAAUUUCGGACCCCUGAGAGGACAAGUUGUGAUGGCUUGGAAUAUCGGAAGUUCAUAAAUCUCUGAUGAGAAAUGGAGAUGCAAAACUUGUUGAUGUACAGAGACCAUAUACCUUCAUAAAACCUCAGCUCCAUUAGUGUUUUCUUAUUAAUUUUUUUUUUUUUGUGAUUUUACUUUUUACAUGAGUCCUUCAAUACCUAUGAACUAUAUAUGUAAGAUGAUGCCUAAAGGUUCUUAACUACGAGGCUAUUUUUUUUU